AUGGCUGGAACUGAAGAAAUUGCAGUAGUUAUUGCUCCGUUGGAAUUUCCAGAAUCGCCCGUCUCUUGCAAACCAGAUCCCACUAAACCACCACCUUCAAAACGUCGAUGUGGAGGUUUCUGUUGUUCACCAUUGUGCUGCAUUCUUUUGGGUUUAUUGUUGCUGUUAUUAGUGGGAGGUGGAAUUACAGCUGGAAUUCUGAUUUCAAAAAAGCUAGAUACGACAACGACCAGCACGACUAGUACGACUAGCACGACUAGUACGACUAGUACAACUAGUACGACUAGUACAACUAGUACGACUAGUACAACUAGUACGACUAGUACAACUAGUACGACGACAACAACCAGUACGACAAGUGUUAGUGGGACAUCUGGAUGUGCAACUGGCAGUGUACUUUUAACAUUUGAUGAUCUAACAUUCGGGCCAGACGUAUUCAUACCGAACAGUUAUGAUAAUACAUGUAUUGGUUGGACAAAUGGGGCUGCCUUCGUCAGUUCCUAUUUAUACAAUGCGAGUGGAUACAAUACAUCUACUGUCAGCGGAAAUGUUACAUCGUUUAACGCAUAUGGUGAUCCGAUGACUAUGAUAAGUGCCAACGGUCGUCCUUUUACUUUAUAUUCUGCUUCAAUGGCUGCAGCAUGGUAUGAUAAUUUGCAAUUAACGGUUGUUGGAUAUCGUUCAAAUAUCGUUGUUGCAAACAGUACUUUUAUACUUCAAGUAUUUACAUUGUCCAAUAUAGCAUUCACUGGAUAUUCAGGAAUAGACAAAGUUGUAUUUACAACGGCAGGGGGAAUACAAAAUCCAAAUGUUUAUGGUGGAAGUGGAACACAGUAUGGAAUGGAUAAUCUUCUACUGAGCUUUCCGUGA